AGUUCCAAAGUCUUCGAUACUGCUGGAGAUGAUGAGCCAGGGCUGGCGCACAGAGGAGUGGGCUGCUGCGGGAAGAGGUGUCCCGGCUGCAGGAGGAAGUCCACCUGCUCCGGCAGAUGAAGGAGAUGCUGACGAAGGACCUGGAGGAGUCGCAGGGCGGCAAGUCCGCCGAGGUCCUCUCGGCCACCGAGCUCAGGGUGCAGCUGGCCCAGAAGGAGCAGGAGCUGGCCAGAGCCAAAGAGGCCUUGCAGGCCAUGAAAGCCGACCGGAAGCGCCUGAAGGGCGAGAAGACGGACCUGGUGAGCCAGAUGCAGCAGCUGUACGCCACGCUGGAGAGCCGCGAGGAGCAGCUGCGGGACUUCAUCCGGAACUACGAGCAGCACCGCAAGGAGAGCGAGGAUGCCGUCAAAGCUCUGGCCAAGGAGAAGGACCUGCUGGAGCGGGAGAAGUGGGAGCUCCGGCGCCAAGCCAAGGAGGCCACGGACCACGCCACGGCGCUGCGCUCCCAGCUGGACCUCAAGGACAACCGGAUGAAGGAGCUGGAGGCUGAGCUGGCUAUGGCCAAGCAGUCCCUAGCUACGCUGACCAAGGACGUCCCCAAGCGGCAUUCACUCGCCAUGCCAGGCGAGACCGUGCUCAACGGCAACCAGGAGUGGGUGGUGCAGGCGGACCUGCCGCUGACCGCAGCCAUCCGGCAGAGCCAGCAGACGCUCUACCACUCGCACCCCCCGCACCCUGCAGACCGGCAAGCGGUCAGGGUGAGCCCCUGCCACUCCCGGCAGCCUUCCGUCAUCUCCGACGCGUCUGCCGCCGAAGGCGACCGGUCAUCCACGCCAAGCGACAUCAACUCCCCUCGCCACCGGACGCACUCCCUCUGCAACGGCGACAGUCCCGGCCCAGUUCAGAAGAACCUGCACAACCCCAUUGUACAGUCACUAGAGGAUCUUGAAGACCAAAAACGGAAAAAGAAGAAAGAGAAGAUGGGAUUUGGCUCCAUCUCCCGCGUCUUCGCCAGAGGGAAGCAGCGGAAGUCCCUCGACCCCGGCCUGUUUGAUGGUACCGCCCCUGAUUAUUACAUAGAGGAGGACGCGGACUGGUGAUGCCCG